GUUAGGAGGUUUGACGAAGGCUGCUACGAGAGCACCACAACUUCGCAUUCAAAUUAAUAUUCAUGAAACAAACCUGUGACAUUGUAGAAUUAUAUUUUUGGAAACGGCAUAUUUGAGUAAACUGGGAGUCUGUUUUGUUUUUUUUUUUGUUUUUUUUAACUGACAGACACCUGUCUAGUUGAGGAGGAGAUAUGAGUUUGCAGACUAACAGGUAGGUGAGUCAUGGCGUCGUCUGUGCGCGUGGCGGUGCGGGUCCGUCCACUGAGCCAAAGGGAGAAGGACCUAUCAGCCAAAGUCAUCAUACAAAUGCAUGGACAUGAAAUCUCUAUUCAGAACACAAAGGAGAACUUCCACAGCAUGACUGGAGAACCGUUUGGGGAGAAAUGGAAGACUUUCUCAUAUGAUCUCUCCUAUAACUCAAUGAAUAGCACGUGUCCGAACUUUGUGACCCAGGAGAAGAUAUUCACUGAUCUGGGCACUGAUGUCCUGCAAGCAGCUUUUGAGGGUUUCAAUGCCUGUGUCUUUGCUUACGGGCAGACAGGCUCAGGAAAGUCCUACACCAUGAUGGGCAACCCGGGUGAUAUUGGAUUGAUUCCAAGGAUCUGUGAGGGAUUGUUCCAUCACACCAGUGGAAUGUUACAAAGAGACAAGGCAUCAUUUCACAUGGAGGUCAGCUACUUUGAAAUCUACAACGAGCGCGUUCGAGAUCUUCUUCCAAACAUAGAGAAAAUAGGCUGUGAGCUGAGAGUGAGAGAACAUCCUAAAGAUGGACCAUAUGUGGAAGCCCUGUCCAGACACCAGGUGCAGAGUUACACUGAUGUUGGCCAGCUGAUGGAGGAGGGCAACAGAAGGCGUGCCACUGCCAGCACAGGCAUGAACCAUGUCAGCAGCCGAUCCCACGCCAUCUUCACCAUUCACUUCAUCAAGGCCAGGUUUGAUACAGAGUUACCAAGUGAGACAGUGAGUAAGAUACACUUGGUUGACCUGGCAGGAAGUGAAAGAGCUGGUGCCACGCAGGCUACUGGCACCAGAUUGAAGGAGGGUGCCAACAUCAACAGAUCUCUGGUCACUCUGGGCAUCGUCAUCUCCACUUUAGCUGAUCUGUGUGUUGGUGAUGGAAUGAAAAGAAAGCAGAGUUUCGUUCCGUAUCGAGACUCCGUUCUUACAUGGCUCCUAAAGGACAGUCUUGGCGGGAACUCCAAAACCAUAAUGAUAGCCACCAUCUCGCCUGCCGAUGUGAACUACAGCGAAACUUUAAACACACUUCGUUAUGCGAGCCGGGCCAAGAACAUUAUAAACAAGCCCACCGUAAAUGAGGAUAGCAAUGUAAAGAUUAUCAGAGAGCUGCGAGCUGAGAUUGCCCAUCUGAAAGCCUUGCUGUCUGCAGGAAGUCAGAUGACAUUAUUUGAGCAGCCUGCAGCAUCAAGUGUAAAGGAGAAGCUUCACCAGGAUGAAGCCAGAGUUCAGGAACUGACAAAACAGUGGGCUAAUCGCUGGAAAGAAAUCCAAAACAUUCUUGGGGAAGAAACAGUUGCUCUCAGAAAAGAGGGUAUUGGGGUAGUGAUUGAUUCCCAGAUGCCCUAUUUGAUCAGCAUAGGUGAAGAUCUGCUCAGCACAGGGGUCGUUCUUUAUCACUUGAAGGAAGGCAGAACGUCAGUUGGGGCUGGAGGAACCGAGCCAGAGCAGGAUAUAGUUCUCCAUGGUGAAGCUCUUCAGAGGGAACACUGUGUGUUUGAGAACCAGGGGGGGGCCGUCACACUCCUGCCACUCUCUGGAGCUAGGUGUGCAAUCGAUGGGGUGGAGGUGACCAAGCCCUGCCUCCUAACCCAGGGAGUGAGCAUACAACUGGGAAGGGCCACCAUGUUCCAUUUCAACCAUCCACAAGAAGCAGCUCAACUUAGGGAGAAACGUAAGUCUGUGCUGUUUGCAUCAAAUAACUCCACUGGGUUUGAUUACUCUGUGCCCUCUCAGAACUCUUUCAGUCAUUUCAGCUCAACAAAUAAUUCUAACCAACCUGAAGACACCACAGAAGCUUUAAAAAUAAGUUGUAUGCCCCAUCUUUCAGGAGACACUAAGAGGAUAUUUUCCACAACUCUUGCUCCUACUGACUUGCUUUAUCCCCAACACAAGACAGACAGUAGUUUCCAUGGACCUUUAAACUCUCAGUAUAUUGCUAACACACCCAGUGCACUUAAUGAACACUGUGGCACUAACAACCCAUCAGGGGUUGCCAAAAGUCUGGGAAAAGAGCUUCCUACAAACCUCAUCAUCCAGGGGGAGAAGCAGCACUCAGCCUCCCAUAAAUCAGAAACUGAAGCUCAGCCAUUGGACAUGACAGAAAAGGAGCCGGAGAGGAGGGAAACAGGGGUGAAUGGAGGGCUCUGGGAUACUAGUGUAUUCGAGGAGUGCUGUAACGGGCCCGCUGGGUUCCUAGAUGUCAAGCAGCAGUAUCUCUGGCAUCCGGUCAUAGGCCCAGAAGGGAGCUUGUUAGCCGAGGAAUCCCAGAUACAGAGAAGGGACUCCUCCAUGGAAGAAGGAGCCGCCCUUUUCCCUCGCUUGGGGCACUAUUUACACAAACACAGUCCAUCCAGCACACUUACCAAAGGAGGCCAAUAUAGCGAGCACUUUUUAUCCAGAACAUCUGUUGAGAGCCAAGAAGCCAAAACCCUUCCAAAGGGUAGUGGGUUCAGCUCUAAUCUGUGGAGCCUUAUAGAUAGAAUGUCCUGGAUGCUGGCUGAUGCAGGGCGUGUGCUUACAAACUCCUUGAAGGAACAAAGUGGUCAUAGAGGAGAGGGUUGGUACAAUCAAAUGUGCUCACUGGCAAAGGAUCUACCCUUUGUGCAACACAUCCAUUUUGAUUUGACUCAUGGGCCACAUGUGAACUCUCUGGAGGCAACCCAGAUUUUCCACAAUCCAUCCCUUAAGGACAUACUGUCAACAAGGGAACAGAAUGUAUUGUUGCUUUCCAAACCAGAUCCAUCAAGAUCUAGUGAUGCAUCUUUGAUGGCCUUGGAUGCAACUCUCAAUUCAGUGACCACCCAGAGAAGUGAUGGAAUGAAGGUGUGCUGCCAAAGACUCCAUUCAGUAUCUGAAUCCUUGCUCCACCUCCAGAACCUUCCACCUCAACAGCUUCUCUCCUGCCUACACAGUGUUAUCCCUGCCCCCUUGCUAAUGGAAGAGAGUGUGUUAGCUUUAUACUGGCUCGGUGUAGCAACCUGCUCUCAGCCUGAACCACAGUCUGCUGUUAUUGUCCUCUUUCAUACUCAGCUUUUGGUAGUAACCUUUGACCCUGUACCUGAUUCUUCCAGUCCCACACAUUCUUUAAAUAUUUUCUACCAGUUGACCUUUCAGCAAUUGCAGGAAAUCCACAUAGGUUUUGCUGGGCAGACGGUCAGACUGGCGGGCAACAUAGAGAACAGCAUCGUUACUUUUCACACUUACAAUGCAGGCUUGACCCAAGAACUGUCCCAAACCCUACUCAAUGCCCUCUGCCCCUCAGAGAAAGGUGUACUGGACCACCCAUUGCUGUCAGGUGACCUGGUACGCUUGUCCCUUGACUGGGACUCCCAUAUUAAGGAUUUGCUACUACCCUCUGGUGCACGCCUUACAUGUUGCUUCCAGAAAACCCUGGCCAAGUUGGUCUUCCUGUUACAUGGCAACAUGCAGGGUGAGCGUCCAGCUCUUGCACAUGUGCAGUUGCUCCUCUACACUACCGUCAGAUUUCUGCGAUCCAAUUGGGAGCCACACUCUGACCUCCUCAGACCUGAUUCACAGGUGGAACCUACAGACUCUGAAGUUUCUAAACUUGUCCAGUUUGUCCUGACUGACACACACCUCUGUCUCUUGUGGGAGGAUGCUGUUUACCACCCACCUUCAUGUUCAGUAGCUAUGGUGGCACGUCAGGCCCAGUUCAGACUGAUUGACCUGUGGCAACGUUCAGAUGUCCGUUGUGUGCUGGUCAGAGAUGGAUAUGGUAGUAUGCGUCUGGAUGUGGUUCUGGCUCGUGAGUGGCAGAAAUCAGGUGGUACAAGGGGUCACCCUCAACCUCCUGAGGUCUGCCGAGCUCUUGAGGCAGCUGCCCAAUCUCCCAGCAACUCCAAUUCAUCUCCCCGGAAUGAAGUGUGGAAAUUAACUUUCAGCAGCUCCGCUGAGGCCAGCUUUGUGGUUAAUAACUUGUCAAACCUCUGAUCAAGGACCUUCCAGCAAAAUUAUUAACAGCCUGGUGAGGAGAAUCUGACAGCAGACUACAAAAGGGCUGAGUGCACCAAAAACAUGACAUCAGUCAGUACCACUAGGAUUUGAGAAAUAAAGACAUUUUCUAAUUAGGGGGCCAAGCAGCAAAGCUGCUGGAACCCUGUUGUAACUGUACUGAUUUUAAGGGGGCUAAGCAGCAAAGCUGCUGGAAUCCGAUUGUAAUUGUACUGAUUUUCUUCUAUUUCUUCUUUUUUUCUGCCCUAAAAUUGCCUGUGCAUCAGAAACCGUAAGUCGUGGAGACACUAAUCUUGGCAGGAUGAUCCCAAAUUCCCCCCCGCCCCCCACUACUCAGGUGCACAAACGCACACCCAUCUGACCCUAGGUGGUGCUAUAAUAAACACUUUUACGUUUUGGCGAAAUUUUUUUUCCUCUGAUUCCUUGAGUCAAGCUCUACAGAAUGUAUAUCUCUGAUUUCAUUUCCGUCUAUAAUUGUUUUCUGCCAUUUUUAAUUAUUUGAAAAAAACAACUUUUUUUAAACUCCUCCUAGACCGUUAGUCCGAUCGGUAUGCAAUUUGGUAUACAUCAUUAAAAGGCCCUCCCGACAAAAAGGUAUCAAAAGAAUUUUGAUAUGUCAAAUUGUUCCAAAGAUAUUAACGAUAAAAUACCUUCGGUUUAAUGCAAUUUCAGUAAUUGAUCAAUAUCUACUCAUCGCAAACUCCAAAUGUAACCAAACUUGGUGCACAUAGUCAACAGAACGUUUAGAAGAUGUCUGCAAAGUUUCGUACAAUUCUGCCUGUAGGGGGCGCUACAACUAAAAAACUGUCAUAACUUUGCAGCUGUUUUAGCUUCAAAGUUCAAAUUAAAUAUUUAUCUUCUUUGGUUCAAAUGCUAACAUAUUCGUAGAAAAUAUAUUCGACAAUUUAACAAAAAUUGCCGCAACUGGCCAAUCAAAUUUCAGCACCUUAUAACUCGUCUUGGUCGAGAGUUAUGUAAAUUACAGUACACAAGCAGUGUGUCAACUCGAAGCCGCAUAUAAAAUUUUGUGACAGUCGGCCACACGGUGGUGGUAUAAUUAGCUAAUUCGCAUUUUUGCUCAUAACUCCAGAACUGUAUAGGCUACAGUACAAAUGUGUAGCUUCUCUGAAUCCACCAGUGCCCCACAAUGAUAUGGUCACUUUAUUUUCCAUUUCCACAAUAAACUUUUUUUACAAUUUCAAUUUAAUCGAAAAACCUACUUCUAAUCUACAGCCCCUUUUGACAAAAAGUUAUCAAAAGAAUUUUGAUGCAUCGAAUCAUUCCAAAGAUAUAAGCAAAUAUGUUUUGGGUGUGGCCUGUAAUUACUAAUUAGCCUGUAUCUUGUGAGCGCAAUUUUUAAACUUAAUACAAUUUGUACACAUAAGAGAACACUCUGAGGUAACAUGCUGAGUUCCAUUCUUUUUUAUGCUAGGGGGCGCUAUAACUUCCUAUGACAAUCCUAUUUUUGCAACUGUGCUCAAAGUAGGUGAAAUGUCCCAAAAUAGCUGUCCACAGCAUCCACAGGAUCUUUAUUUUUCUUUAUAAUUGUCUAUUUGUUUGUUACUUUUCCAUGAAGUUUUAUUUGGCUUGCAUUGUGAUCAGUUUUCUGAGACAAAUUUUUUUUAAUCUUUCAGGUUUGCUUAUAAAUAUUACAAUUUAAGUAGACCUUAUCAGUAUAAGUAUUAUCCAUGCUUAAUUUCAAUGAGCCAUAAGACUUUAUGAUCCUGUGUUGACAUUAGUAAUGAUGCUUAGCUGGCAAAUAAUAUAUGAGAACAAUGAUGGAGGUUGAUUCAGAGUAAAAUACUCUUAUCUAUAAAUAUGCAUAAUGAGAAAAAAGGACUCAGCCUGACUUUUCUUGUUCAGUCUGUUCAGUUAGAGCAAAAAUUUUAUGAAUGAGAUUGCUUCUAAUUUGGGUUUGAAAUGUUUAUCCCUUUAAGUCACCAAUAAGCUGUUGUUGCAUUUUGUUUCUUCAUUCUUAGAUAUAUCUUCCCUAUUCUGUCUCUUUGGCUCAUUUAAACCAUCUUAGGAAGUAUCGUAUGGCCCUUCAUCACAGAAUAUGCAUGUUGCAUGCCUGUAGUUGACAGCUGUUAUUAGCAUCAUUUGAACUCAUCAUAGUGUGGGGAGAAGCCAGGGUCAAGGAGAGAUUUUGCUGCUGGGUCACUAAACUUCUUACAUCAUCCUGUUGCUACCUAACAUGCUUUACAGCCCCUUCUGUUCUAUACCCUGCUGUGUAAAAUAUUACUGAUGUUGUGUGUGUGUGUGUGUGUGUGUGUGUGUGUGUGUGUGUGUGUGUAUGCUUCCUUUAGCUAGUCAUGCUUCCUGCUGCAGACUUCAGACCACUGAGGAAGAGCAAUAGGAGAAAGACACCCUUCCUCCAUACCUUAUCUAAAAAGAAUGCAUCUAUCCUGUGUGGAAUAUUAUGGGUGCUUGUAGAGUGCAAUCA